AGGAAGUGUGGCAACUAAUUGUUGAUAAACUUGACAGCAACAUCUUUGGCAGCUAUGCACUUGAAUUUACAACUUGGAAUGUUUAAGGUUUGUUUUAACUUCGGUGUAUGGCGGUAGUUGCUGAAAUCUGUCACUUGGUUGCUUUAAAUGAGUCCGCGUAAGAGUUUGCAAAUGCAAAUCAGCUUGCGACUCUAACGUUAAUUUAUUUGAAUAGCACGCACGUUAGCCAACUUUAGCUCUAUACCAAAAUCGAUACUGGCUUCUUUGAAGUGGUUGCAACUAAACUGUCAUCUUUCCAACAUCUUCGGCAGUUUGUAAUUUAUGCUGCUCAAGUAUGGGCUGACAAGAGGCUGGUGUCGCAGUCAGACAAUUUCUGCCGUCGUGCCUGUGAAAUGACCUGACUGCAAGCCCUCAACCACAUCGGAUUACAAGAAUGGCCAGGAUAGCGUGGUAUCAAGAGAAGAUUGGUGCAUAUGACCAGCAGAUAUGGGAGAAAUCGUUGGAACAAGCCGAGCUAAAGGGUAUCCACAACAAACCCAAGAAGACAGGACACAUCAAGCCUGAUCUCAUUGAUGUUGACCUAGUGCGAGGCUCCACGUUCAGUAAAGCCAAGCCAGAUAGCCCAUGGACAGCCCUGACGAGGAAGGGCCUGGUGCGAGUCCUCUUCUUCCCCUUCUUCUUCCAGUGGUGGAUCCAGGUUACGUCCAAGUGCAUCUCUACCUGGAUCCUCAUCUUGUACCUACUGCAAGUGGCAGCGGUGGUGCUGUAUGUGGAGGUGCCGGUGGCCAGUGCCAGUGAGGUGGUGGGGCCGGCCUGCCUCAUGCUGCUGCUGGGCACGGUGCACUGCCAGAUCGUCUCCACAGAGUCCUGCCGCAGCCCACAGCCCAGCCCCCCCUCCAGCAGAGCUCCCAGCCCCGUCAGGAGGAAGAGACAGAGGAAGAGCAAGGGACCAAAGAAAGCAGAGGACCAUGGGAACGGAACGGACUCCAGGCCGCUGCCGUGGCAAGAAGCCGUGGAGAAGCCGAGGCUACCAAAGAGUGAGAAGAGAAGGAGCCCUGUGAGGAAGUCCAUGUACGGACUCUCGGAGGAGAUCUCCAGUGACGAGGAGGAGAAAGAGGAGCGGGAGGGAGCGGCGCCCUUCCACCAGUCGGUCCGCGAGAGGCACCUGAAGGCAGACGGCCCCAAGCCGCCCUCAAUACUCAGGAAGAGGGUCAGGAGCCCGGCCAAAAGUCCCCCUCCUCCCUUCUCCCCCCCUCCUCCUGCCCAGCCCCAGGACGAAGGCAAGUCUGUGACCAUGGUGGCGGCGGGUGCGAAGCCGCGAGACGUGGAGCACCUGAUCACCUCGGUGGGCUCGCAGGCGGCCUCCGACACCGACGACAUGCUGUGGGAGGAGCUUCUGCAGGGCCCUGACUCAGCCUCCUCCCGGAGCACAGACAGCGAGGAAGACGCCCGGCACGCGCACGCUCACGCCGCCCACACGCUGGCCCCCGGCAACGGCCUCAGUAGCGACGAGGAGACGACGUUUCCACAGAGCCAGAUGUCAUGGCUGCAGGCGUGCCACCCCUCUAAAGACCGCGUGAGCGCCAUCUUCUGGGAGCAGGGGGAGUGCAAGAAGGCCGACAUGUCAGUGUUGGAGAUCAGUGGCAUCAUUCUCACUCGGGUGAAGGUGGUGGAGCAGGGCAUGGGCUACCUGCUGCUGGGCGGGCUGGUGACGGCCACGCUGGCGCUGCUGCCCUUCGUCUUCCGGCUGGCGCAGCGGCUGGAGGUGGCGCGCGUGGGCUCGCUGUGCGGCCACGAGCUGCUGGCCAUGGCCCUGGGCCCGCCCAGCCCCGCCGCCUACGCCUUCUUCCUCAUCAGCACGCUGGAGCGCGUCUGCCUCACCGGCCUCUUCUUCUUCAUGACCUGCGUGGCCGAGAGGACCUACAAGCAGAGACUUCUGUUUGCCAAGCUCUUCAGUCACCUGACGUCAGCACGCAAGGCCAAGAAGUCCGAGAUCCCCCACUUCAGGUUGAAGAAGGUGCAGAACAUCAAAAUAUGGCUGUCACUGCGCUCUUUCCUGAAGAGGCGAGGCCCCCAGCGCUCCGUCGACGUCAUCGUGUCCUCCAUCUUCUUCCUCGCUUUGUCCUUCGCCUUCAUCUGUUGCGCCCAGUUGCUUCAUAGUCAUCAUACAUUCCUGGAUUCGGAGACCAACUGGGAGUUGCUGAUCUGGUGUGCUGCCCUCAGCUUCUUCCUGCUGCGUCUGGCAGCGCUGGGCGCCGAGACCAACCGCAAGUACAGCAACGCCUCUGUGCUGCUCACAGAACAGAUCAAUUUAUACCUGAAGAUGGAGAAGAAGCCUAAUAAGAAAGAUGAGUUGAACAUUGUCAAUAACGUUCUGAAGCUGGCCACCAAACUUAUGAAAGAGCUGGACACUCCGUUCCGUCUGCUGGGCCUGACGGUGAACCCGCUCAUCUACAACAUCACCCGCGUGGUCAUCCUGUCCGCCAUCUCCGCAGUGGUCAGCGACCUGCUGGGCUUCAACAUCAGACUGUGGAAGAUAAAGCCUUGAGAUGUGACUCUUAAACGUGGAGGACUUUGGGACCCCGGAGGCGACAUGAGGCGAGGCGAGGUGACGCUCGGGUUAUGCACCUUCCGUCUGGACGAGCAGCCAGACCACCUUUUUUCCAUCAGCGCUCUUACUAGAACUACAGCCUAUGUGCAAAAUCUACUGACCAAAAAAACCCUGCAUCGCUCAGCCUCUGGCGGAGUGAUCGGGAGGCUUUUGUUGUUGUAAAUGUUUUUAUUGUUUUUCCUUUAUGCACAUAUGUCAGGCAUUAUUACAGUAUAUCAGGCAUGCUCUCAUCUGACCUCUAACAUGUGAAUCCUGAUCUCUUGAGCCCCCCCCAAUAGAUAUGAACUCUAGAUGCUGUGUUUAGUCUUUUGACGUGACCCAAUCCCUGGGUCCACCGACUUGGGCCUACAAGAUAAUGUGCGUAUCGCCGUAUCGGGCGUGUCACCGAUUGAUGGCAGCGUUAUACCUGCUGAACUAGCAGCGAUGACUCCAGAAAAUAAAGAAAAUGCUGCACACUCUGCUCCAUUUUUUAUUUUGAAGUAACGCUUCGGUCGUCCAGCCUUCUUCUAACGUUGUUUGAAGUGGAAGUUCGAAGACAGACAGACGACCGAAAUGUUCAAAAUAAGUGCAGCAUUUUCUUUAUUUUCUUUGACAUUUGAAUGCACAAGAAGCCAGCACCUCAAAAAAGACUUCAUUGGUGUGUGAUACCUCUUUUUUUCUAAGUGAUCUCACUUCAGCCAUUCGUUCCAUUACAAAGUAGUGGUCAACGCUGCAUCUAGUCUUUAUCUCUAUGGAACCCCCAACUCUGUUGUGUGGGGUGAUUCGCCAGCUGUGAUGAGCAACCUGGAUUUAUUAGAAUCCAGUACUACAUGUUACAAAUGACAUACCUGUCCAAUUCAACCAGGGGGUAUUCCAAGAACCUGGCUCAGAAGUAAACCAGGUUAAGUAAACCUUGAGGCAGUGGUAAAUCAUCUAAUAAAAGUGAAUAAAAGAGUUGUCAUUUUCUUUAGCAGCUUCCCACUUCCUGCAGGUUAAAUUAGCCAGGUUCAUCACAUAAUCAUCUUCUUGGAAUACCUGUCUCCCAGGUAAUCAUCCAACCAGGAAAUCACUUGGUGGAAUUGGAUUGGUAAAACCAGGUCAUUUGGAAGAUGUGACACUGGAUUGUAACGGAUGAAUCCAGGUUAAUCAUCAAUGUUGACCAGUGUUGCUCAAUCUAAAAUGUUCAGUCAUUACAUUAUUAUGACGAUGCAACAAGUGCAUUAUAUGCACUAUCUACCUUUCUACCGAUGCAACUCGUGUCAUGUGUAGCGACCUCUGAUUUGUGAACCAGUGAACAUUUCGGACACAGGCCUGCGCAUUCCAAGAAUAACUAACAGGAAGUGGUAAACCUGCUAAUAGAUAUCCCACAGGUGUCAUUCAUUUAGGAAGAGAGGCAGCUAGGCUCUUCUAUUAGGUGAUUUACCACCACCUCAAGGCUAAAUCAACCUGGUUUGCUACUACUGGUUUCCUACUAAGCCAGGUUGUUGGAAUUACCCCCCAGGCUUCUGGAAUGCCAUACAGAAACGGCACAAGUGCAAGAAAGGGAUGGAAGCCUGGCUUUACUCAUAACCACUGAAGUGCCUUCUUAACUUUCAAAGAGGACGUUCUGUCUGACACAUUUCACAAAAUAUGGAAAGUUGUGUGUGAGGUGUCAGAAGUCGUGUGUCAUGAAAUGGGAUAUGAACGACUCCGAUGGUAGAAUAGACUGUGACCAAGAUUGACCAGUCUUUUGAUGAUUUAUGAAAGCAUUUUUGUACUAUAGGUGAUGAUUUGUUUAGUGAAAAUACUGUUGAGAUUGUUGUAUGAAUACUAUUCGCAAAGGACUGCAAGUCAAGCCACUAAAGGCUAACACACCUGUGAAUAAGGAAAUCACCGCAAAAUGAGGGUGAAAUCUAUUCUAAAGAUCUGUCAUACUGAACUUAAAGCUUGGAGUGGAAAGUGCUGAGUUCAACCAAUACCCCUAUGAAAAAAAUAAAAAAGGUAUUUGAGUAA